CUGAAUGUUGAUGACAUACACAUUACAGGACAGGCAUGUUUUAGCAGGGCACAGCUGCAGGCAGAAGCUAAAGGACAAUUAAUUGUUCAUGUAUAUCUCUUUUUUGUUUUUGCUCUAGAUAAAUGUUUUAUCAUUAACAGAGACUGCUUCUUUAAAACGCCUGUGUGUAGGUAGCUAAAGCAGCCUGCAAAAUGCAGGAGAAGCUUAGCUUUACUGUGAAGUCUGAGUCUGAGUGUAACCUAACUAGCUAGAGGAUAUGCAAUUCCUGAUUGACAGCAGGACUAGCAUUAUGCAAAUGUUGUAAGAGCUAACAGCAGCUGGGGAACAGUGAUCAGGGGCUCUGUUAGGGAUCUCUCUACACACGCCACACUUAUCUCUCUAGUUUUUAUCUCGUCUGCUGUUGUGUUUAAUUUCAACAAUCAAUACAUUACACAAAACAAUUGUUGCUUUUUUGACAUUAUUAAAUUUAAAAUCUCAGAGCAGUUUCAGUUUUUCAGCUAGAGAUCUGUGUGAGCUUUUUACUCAAGCUAAAUUGGUUAAAUUUCAGCUGGGUAACAUGCUUAUCUUUAAACCUUUCUGUUUUUAAAUCCUGUGUGUCUGGUCCCUUCAUACUAAAGUGUAUUUUGCUUGUUUCUUCCCGUCGUCUUCAGUCUGAAGCCUUAUGUAGGUCAGGCUUGGCUUAAGCAGAUUUCCUGAACCUGCGUCAGCUUAAGCUGAAGGAAUUUUAAUAAACCCUCCCUUGUAGGCGUGGGCCUAAAUGAGACUAGCCUAGUUAAGCCUGAUCUUUUUCUGUUUGCGAAAAAGAGCUGAGCAGAGCUAGGGACUGCAUGGUGGUUUCAAAAACUGCCUCCUUAAUUCAGAGAUAACAAUGGUUGGGAAGGCCAGAUCUUCUAAUUUUACCUUAUCUGAAAAGCUUGAUUUGCUAAAACUUGUGAAGCCGUAUGUUAAAAUUCUUGAAGAACAUACCAAUAAGCAUUCAGUAAUAGUGGAAAAAAACAAAUGCUGGGAUAUCAUAGCCGAUAACUACAAUGCCAUCGGAGUAGAUCGUCCUCCUCGUACUGCACAGGGCCUGCGCACGCUGUACAAGAGGCUCAAAGAAUAUGCCAAACAGGAGCUAUUGCAGCAAAAGGAAACCCAUUCAGAUUAUAAAAGCAGCAUUUCUGAGCCAACCAAGAAAGUUGUGGAGAUGAUUCCACAGAUUUCCAGUGUGUGUUUAAGAGACAGGAGCAGUUUUCAAAGUGCUAACAUAGAUAAAGAAACAGUUGCUGGUACCAGUUCCCCACAAGCAGUGUUGGAUCACCAUCCUGCCACUGUCACAAUGGAGUUGGAACCAGAAGAGGAUGUCAAACCUCCUCCUUCCUUGGCUGUAGAUUCACAGCAGAGUGAGGACUUAGAACAAGGAGAAGAACACCAAUUGGUGCAUGUUAUGGAGAGAUCUCCUUCAACUUCACUGUCUUCUGUUGAUAUGAGAAUGAUGUUAUCUUCAUCUCCCAUUCCAAGAAGAGAUGAUUUUUUUAGGCUUGAGGUUGGAGAACGCUUUAGGCCAGCGUGUGGGUAUGAGCCACAGAUGUUGCAAAUGCUGAAAGAGGAGCAUCAGAUAAUCUUGGAAAAUCAAAGAAAAAUUGGGCUUUACGUCCAAGAAAAGAGGGAUGGCUUGAAAAGAAAGCAGCAGCUGGAAGAAGAGCUACUGAAAGCAAAAAUCAAAGUAGAGAAGCUGAAGGCAAUAAGACUACGACGUGAUCUGCCAGAAUACAAUAGUCUUUAAAUAUUUAUCAUCUCUGUCAUGUAAUCUGAGAUGUUUUAUUCUCUGAGAUACUUUAUAAUAAAUUCUUUUGGCCUAGCAAAAUGAUUUUUUAUGUUAAUUUGGAUGGAUCAGAAUCUAGCCUUGAAAAACGAAUGCAUGUUUUCCAUUUUGUUGUUUAUGUACAUUAGCAAAAAUGUCAAAUGUCUUUCACAGGUUUGAGUCUUCUCAAUAUUUCUAGUCUGAAGUAUAAGCAGAUACUGUAGUUCUAAGUGUGUAAGAUAAAAAACUGCCUUUGGAAAUCUUCCACUGAACUUUAUUAGACCUGGAACAAGCUAAUGAAAAUUUAGACAGGUGUUCUUAAAGAUGUUGAUUUUAUGCUUUAUUCUUUUUUCAAAGCAAUUCCUAGCCUUUUUAGUAUUCUUUAUGAAGUUAUUUGAAGGUUAAUAAAUGCGUAUAUACAGAGAGAAAUAAAGGCCAUGUUUCUUUAUAUAUCUUUUUCACUCAUUUUAAAUUAGUAAAGCCUAUGGCAAUGGUGAGAUUUUGCUAAUGUGUUAUAUUAGCUUGGAGAACAUAGGAAACUGACUGGAUUGUUUUAUUUUUUAUUCUCAACUGAGGAAAGGUUGAGUAAAUGCACAUAUCUUUUUAAAAUUUAACACUUUUUAUAUUUGGUGGAUGAAAGUUUAUGUAAGAAUUUCAAAAUAGAGAUGCUGAAGGCAACAUUUAAAAUUUCAGAACUACAUGUAUGCAUAAUUUGUGUGCACAGUUACUGUGAUUGUGUAUUGUGGUAAUUACAUUGGCAAGUGACUAGGAAGAUAUAUAAUUUGUUCAUUUCCAUGCAUAAUUACUAUGAUACAUGUGCAACCAAGAUAGAUGCUGGUGCAUUUGGAUCAACAUCACUGUUAUGCUAUAGCUACCAAAAUGCAAUAGUUUCUCUACAUAAAUAAUUUGUGACCCAAAAUCCAAGUAAGAUCCUUUAUUAUCUAGGAUAAUUUUUGUGAGUGGUAUGACUUUUUUGAUUUUAUUUACAAAUAAAAAUCCCAAAUAUAAAAAAAAAUCCAUUCCCCUAUCCUUCCUAACAGCAUCUGAAGGUUGCAGGAUCGCAUAGGUUUAAUUAAGGGCUUAACUGAGCCUAAAGAACCUUUAUUUGUGGUGCUGUUGUGAGAGAUGGAGAGAAACCAGCUUGACUGUCAGAACCCAGGAUGAGCUUGUGGAGUUAUGCGGGGGAGCAGGGCGGGUGGAGUGGGUGGGAAAGUGAGAGGAAACAAAUUUUUUACUUGUAACCUGAGGAAAUUGGAAAUUGAAAUCACUGAGAUUCAAUGAAUAUGGACUUCCACAACCCUUCUUACCCCCCCCCCCCCCCCACCGUCACUUUAGGAUAGAGCAGCAUUUUAAGGCCACAUCUAAACUCUCACUUAUGUCGGCAAAACUUACGUCGCUCAGGAAAAAACACCCCCCGAGUGACAUAAAUUUUGUGAGCGUAAGUGCUCAUGUAUAUAGCGCUGUGUCCCUGUUCAUUUAGGUGGUUUUAUUAUAUUGAACGGAGAGAGCUUGUGUAGAGCAGCUACAUGAGCGAUCUUACAGCAGCACAGCUGCAUUGGUACAGCUGUGCCACUGUAAGUUUGCUAGUGUAGACAUGGCCUAAGAUGAGAGCCCCAUUCUCUCCAUUGUGCCUUUUGUAUGCCUUGAAGGUGUUAACCUCUCAAUAACUAGCCUUGAUUUCAGUGCACAUCCUGGCCAACCCCAGCAUUCUUCAAUUCCAGGAUACUGAUAUGUCUUGUAGAGCUGGAAUCACUUCCACAGGACAUUCAUUUUUCUGGGCCUACAAGACUCAAAACUUGUUUUUAAAAAAUAAAAAGCAUUCUUCCUGCUGUACUUUACCAUCUAGGAUGUGGCUUCUGAGGAAUGGGAACCAGCAUAAAGUAAAUUUUCAGUGCCUUCCUCAUAACAUGGAAAUACCUGGCUUUGUCUGAUAAUCUAGAUUCUCGUUGUCCAGUGUUAUGGGAUAGAUGCCAAGUUGUUUCUGUGUUCUUGUUCCAAGUUUUCAUAGAUGUGGUCCCAUGUUCAACAGAGGCCAGAAUGAGGUCUCAUAGGGCUUAUGAUGUUGCAGUGGUUGUCUUGACUACAACCCACUCUAUACUGGUUACCAGAGCCCUCCACAUAGAUUUGGGAAAUGUUUCUACCUACAUAUCCAUUUCUUUUGACAUCUCUCUCUACAGAUGU